CUAGCCCAGUACAUUCCAUCGAUCAAUACACUACGCUAGCACGAACGAAUUAGCUAGGAAGAAGAUCCAUGGCCAUGGGUGUCCUCCUGCUGAUGCUGAUGCUGAUGCAUCUGCAAGUUGGGCUGGGCCUCGGCAACGGCGGGCUGUGGCAGGAGUUCCUCCGGCUGCCGACGGAGAAUGGGGGGACGAAGUGGGCGUUGCUCAUCGCGGGGUCGAAGGGGUACGAAAACUACCGUCACCAGGCAGACGUGUGCCACGCGUACCAGAUAAUGAAGAAGGGAGGACUCAAGGACCAGAACAUCGUGGUUAUGAUGUACGACGACAUCGCCUAUAACCCCGAGAAUCCUCACAAGGGUGUCAUCAUCAACAAACCCAACGGUCCGAACGUCUACGCUGGAGUCCCAAAGGAUUACAAUGGGAAUGACGUGAAUAAGAACAACUUCCUGGCCGUGUUGCUGGGCAAGAAGUCGGCUCUCACCGGCGCCGGCAGCGGCAAGGUCAUCAGCAGCGGCCCCAACGACCAUAUCUUCGUCUAUUACUCAGAUCAUGGCAGCCCCGGAUACGUCUGCAUGCCAUCGGGGGGGAACCUGCACGCGAACGAUCUUUCUCAAGCACUGAAGAAUAAGAACGCGGCCGGCGCGUACAAGAACCUGGUGGUGUACGUGGAGGCGUGCGAGUCGGGUAGCAUGUUCGAGGGCCAGCUUCUUCCGUCCAACAUCGGCGUGUACGCGAUGACGGCGUCGAACGCGACGGAGAACAGCUGGGCCACCUACUGCGACACGCCGGAGUACAACACCUGCCUCGGCGACCUCUUCAGCGUGGCCUGGAUGGAGGACGCCGACGCGCGCCGCCCCGGCGAUCCCGAGACGCUCGGCCAGCUGUACGACAUCGUCGCGAAGCGCACCAACCUGUCACACGUCAGUCGGUACGGCGACCUAAGCCUCUCCUCCCAACCCGUCAGCCUCUACUACUUGCCCCCCGGCCCCGGCACCUCAACAGCUAGUGCCGUCAUCGAUGACGAAGGCCGCGUCGGCGGCGUGAACCAACGGGAUGCGGGACUCGUCUACCUGUGGCGUAAGUACUACGAGGAGAAAUCGGUGGAGGCAUGGGAGCGCCUUCUCCGAGAAAUGGAGAGGCGAUCACGCGUCGACAGCAGCGUCGACCUCAUCGGAGACAUCCUCUUGGGCGACUCCUCCAAGAAGAAGCUCCUGCACAUCCGGCGUCCGGCGGGGCAGCCGCUGGUUGACGACUGGGAUUGCCUCAAGUCCAUGGUGCGCACGUUCGAGGCUCACUGUGGCCCGCUGGGGCAGUAUGGGAUGAAGCACACACGCGCCUUCGCCAACAUGUGCAACGCCGCCCUCGACCACAACCACAUGGCAAAGGCCGCCUCCAAGGCCUGCAUGCACCCCCCUGUCAUUACUUAUUAAUCAUCAUUCUCAUCGAUCGAACAACAACGGCUAAAUAAAAUAUAUAUUGUUUUCAUGUAUGUACGUAAGUAACUACAUAUAAUACUCGAUCGGUGCAUAUGUAAACAUACUCAAGCUGGUAAUCCCGGCCUGAUAAUUAAAAUAAAGACAUGCAUCAUGUGCAUGUUUGUUGUGUUAUUUUC